UUCGACGGCGACGACCCCACAGGCCAGCUGUCUGCCAACACCGUCGGGCAGCAGUCUGAGCAGUGUGUGCCGGAGAAGCGAGCUAAGGUAGCGGAGGGAUUCCUCCGGACCUUUGACAAGGAUUACAAGCCCAGGACGGCCCAAUUGGGGUGCUCACCAGUGCUGAACUGCCCACCCCUGACCUACUCGACCGGCGACGCGGCCUUCAUCUCGCCGCUGACCCUCUUCACGCUGGGUCACGCGUGCCCGCGUGGCCUUCGUGGCGUUCUCCGCUGGCCGCUGGACAGGCACGAGGGCGGGGACCGAGCUGAGCCCGGAGGACCUGGACGCGACCACCCAAGCUCAGGCAGCUCAGUACAGGUCGAGGGCAUGGGCGCAAUGACGCAGUCUGCUGCUGCUUGCUGCCACCCGCUCACAAGGUCGCACGACUUGCAGGUGGGCGACCCCUGUGUGGUGAAGUACAGCGUCGGGAGCCCGUACCUGUACCGCGAGGGGCUAGCCACCUACUUGCCGCUCGGAUCGGGGCUGACCGCCCUGGUCACCACCCCCGAUGGUGUCGACACGGUGGGCAUCAGUCAGCGGGUGUUCCGCGACGCGGUGCUGGCGCGCCAGGAGGACCAGUGGCAGGGGCGACAUGUGCGCAGCCCCCGCACCACACACUGGGUUCCACGGUGCAUCGUCGACCACGGCAGGACCCCGACUGGGAUGCACGCUCGGUGGCGCAGCGAGGCUCGUCUCCAGGAUCACGAACCUGGGGUGCAGGAGCAUGAGCACGCUUGCAGGGCGCCGGAGGAGCUGCUCUGCUUCGACCAGUGCAACAAGGCGAACCUGGCGGCCGCGGAGAUGCUCACUCGCGCCACCCAGGUGCAGCAGGGACGCUACCAGGACGGGCGAGCAUGCGACUCGGCCAGCGGCGGCCCCGACAGCGUGGACGCGCAUCUCUUCAUGGGCAGCGUGCUCGCGAGAGGCGGCCAGCGCGACCCCCUGACUGAGACGCCUGUGGGCCGGGUCGCCUCCACCGGUCCGAUCAAGAGUGAGGUUUUUGACGCGCUGGGACACAGUGGCCGCCAACGUGAUAUUUUUCCACUGCCCCCUCUGCACCGGGGCCAUGACGGUGCGGCGGGCCGCCGUGAUCUGUCACGGGUCACGCGGCGGCGGGGUGCAGCUACCAAGCACAUUCUCGACUGGGGCGACGAGUGUAUCAACGCCUUGAACGACUUGUACGGCCACCAGGAUCGGCCGGCGGCUCCUGCCAACGCCGGUCACCGGCACGCAGUGGAUUACAUCGAGUCUCGAGUACGUGCACUUGGCAAGCCCCCACCUGAGGCAGGUUUUCGCGAGGGAGCCCUACGUGAGCUCCUCGCUGGGACGGGGAUCUACCAGACGGGUGAUCUCUCCUCCCGACGGCCGUAUGUCAAGGAGUCCAUUUCCUGGCCCUCGCCCGACCUGCAGCCAGUCCCACUGGCCGCCUGCCUUGGUGAGGCCGAAUCUGAGUGGCUGGGCCGCUGGCAGAGCACCUUGCUCAGGCCAGAUAGACCUACAGCUGCUGAACGUGCUGAGUUCUGCCCUCACGGAUCUUAUUUUGACCCCAGUCUCUUCAGUAAGCCCCUGCUCUACGCCGAUUUUGUCGCCAAGUUGCUGGCUCGCGGCAUGGUGGAGCUGAAGGGGGACUGUGACGCGGCCACCGUCGGCUGCUUUUUCGUCGCGAAGAAGAACAAGAAGCUGAGAGUGAUAUUUGAUACGAGGUAUGCCAACCUAUUUUUCGGUCGACCUGCUCGGACGGCUUUGCCGACUGCGACGGCCCUCGCUGCCUUCGAGAAUCCUGGGCAUGACACUUACCUGGCCUCGGGUGAUAUCGACGAUGCUUUUUGCAGACUACGACUGCCCGACGGGCUGUCCUCUUACUUCAGACUACCCGCCCUGGAUGCCAGCCUGCUCGGGAUCACGCACCUGGGCGGGGCCCCACUCGCGCGAGGGGCGCGGGUGCAGCCCUGCGUGUGCGUCCUGCCGAUGAGCUGGAGCCAUGCGCUGGCCCUCUGUCAGGGCGUGCUCCGACGCGCCAUGGACACCGCUGGGUUCACCGUAGACCAGUGCAUCGAGGACGGGAAGGCAGGGGUCGUGGUCGACGGGGAGGGCGCCGUGGCGGUCGCCGGUUACGUCGACAACUACGCCGCCCUGGGACGCUCCCCGGCCCUCGUCGACCAGGCCGCCCUUGCCAUCGCGCGCGUGCUGACGGAGAAAGGGCUUCUCACUCACGAUGAGGAGCCGGCCGCACGGGACGCCACCUUCGUAGGGCUAGAGCUGAAGAGAGGGCGACAUCUUUCGAUCGAGGCCAGGCGCGUCUUUGGAGAUCGGUGCGACGCGAGCUUUGGCGAGCACGCUGUAUUUUACCUCUGCUCAGCGUUGGCGUCAGCGCAGGGUGGUGGCCAGAGGUGGCGCUUCCGGGUUGAGGGGGCCCAGCGGGCCCGCGAGCAUGCUCUUCAUCCGCCGGCUGUGGGCUCCACUGGUGACCCCGACAAGGCCCUCGAGAACCUGCUGGUCGACAACCCCGUGGCUUUCGACGAGGUCCCCUUAGCGGCGGCGCUGGCCGCUGUCGAGCGGGCGCAGAACGCCCUGCUCGUGGUGGCCUCGACGGUGCGGACCUUGGGCCUCCCGAUCCUCGAGUCCGCGGGGAUCCGCUCGAACGCGCAGAGGCAGUACCGCGAUUGGAUAGCGACGCUGGUCCUCUUCUGCCGGAUGUACCGCCUGGACUCGGACAGCAGGGAGUCACUGGACAUUGCCGUCGCCGCGCUGCUGAAUCACCAGUUCCGGGACGGCAGGUGCUCGGACCUGGGGAGGCAGCUGAUCGCGGCGCUCCUGCACGUCAUCCCAGGCUUGGCCCGGCGCAGCGGGCGGUAUCUGCCACGCGUGUGCCGGGCGGCAGGCGCCUGGAAGCGACGUGCUCCUGGGCGCUCGAGGCUGCCGAUGCCAAGGACUGGGGUGGCGGCGAUCGCGGAGGUGAUGCUGUGCCUCGGCCGUCGGCGGAUGGCCAUUUACACCAUGCUGGACUUCAUCUGCUAUUGCAGGCCGCUGGAGGGGAUUGCGCUGCUGGGAAGGCUCCUGGUCUCUCCCGUGCUGGCGGCAGGGGCAAGUUGCGUGAGGUGGGGGCUGCUACUCCACGACUUCGAGCUCGGCCUGCUGUCCAGGACCGACACGUCGGACGACGCAGGGCUCACCGACCAGGCCAGCUGGACCUCCCCUGCGGUGGCAGGGCUCCAGGCGGCGGCUCACACGGACGCCUCGCUGUGGGACUUCGACGCGACGGAGUUCAGGCUGACCUUCAAAGCCGCCGCGGAGGUGCACAACGACGUCUUCAGCUUCGGAGGCGUUGUGAUGACCCCGGCCGCGACGCUCGUGAAGCACGGGCUGGCUGGCCCGCUUUUCGACCAGUCGAGAGCGACCGGCCACGUGACCCACCUGGUUCACGGCGGGGACGUCGGCGCCCACCUGGCCAAGAGGCUCGUGACGAGCCUGGGCCGGGCCGUGCGUCUCAAGUCGCUGCUGUUCCUGGAGCUCUUCGGGGGCUGCGGCCGCGUCGCGGCCAGCGCGCAGGCCAUCGGCUACGCCGCGCUCAGCCUGGACUUCAAUGCUUCGCCUUUGGAGAAUCAUCUGACGCCCGCCUUCCUCAACAGGGUCCUGGGCUGGAUCUCCGGCGGGGUCAUCGCAGGCUGCCUGGACCCGCGCCCUCCGGACCCCGCUGCGGACUGA